AUGGCGUCGUCCGGCAGAGAUUCUCUCCGAUCUGACAUACCCUCGACGCUGCCUGCCGCGUCGGUGCGCUCGUCUCACCCUUCGGCAACCACUGCCACUGCCACUGCCCCACCUCCCCCAUCUGUCGGCGCAGCACUGCUCCGUGACUAUGCUUCUCAUAUAGAGCCCUCGCAGACACACUCGGAGACUCACUUAGAGCCAGCCCCGCGAGCCACCAGCAGCGCCGUACUUCCACAAAACAACGAGCCGACCCAAGAGCAGACUGGCGGCCGGUCACUGCACUCCUCGGCCUUGCGCCGGUUCCGCCAAAAGUCGAUUUCCGGACGUCCCCAGAAAGCCCUGUCGACCGACUGCAUUCCGCGCCAGACUAUUCUGAAAGCGCUGGCGUCGCGACCAAGCUUUCCCCCUCAAAACAGCAAUACCACGUUUGGGAACCCCUGGUCCGGCUUGAUGGCCAAUAACAACGAUAACACGGUGCCGCCAGAGGAGAAGGAUAAGGAAAAGGAUAAGGAACGCCGCGCUAGCACUACUUCCUCUCAAAAGUUGUCCGCGGCACUUUCAAAUCUACAACUCGGCUCAUAUCUCGAACGAUCCCCGGCAACCGCGCGACUGAUGUUACAGUCGCCAUGCUACUUCCAUCAGCGAUUCGAUGACGCAGUCAAUAUAACCAAAGUCUUGGAGGAAAUUGCAGACGAUGAGUGGUUAUCACAUUCCCGGCUGGUCCAGACCGCAACAGGGGUCAGGGAAGUAUCAAAGCAGCUGCAACGACGACCGAUCAAACGCGCAGUGCGCAACGUCAUGAUAGUCACAAAGGCACGCGACAACAGUCUGGUACAUUUGACCCGCGAAGUGGCCGAGUGGUUGCUAUCGACACCGCGGUACGGAAGCGACUUGGGUGUCAAUGUCUACGUUGACGCAAAACUGAAGAAUUCUAAACGAUUCGACACGGAAGGUCUCUUGCAAAAGGACCCUAAAUUCUCGCAGAUGCUCCACUUCUGGACACCUGAUCUCUGCUGGACAUCUCCGGACAAGUUCGAUCUGGUUCUCACACUUGGCGGCGAUGGAACUGUUCUUUUCACAUCAUGGCUUUUCCAGCGGGUAGUUCCGCCAGUACUCUGUUUCUCGCUGGGAAGCCUUGGCUUUUUAACGAAUUUUGAUUUCUCAAAACACAAAUCACAUCUCAAUGCCGUCAUGGGAGAGGUUGGAAUGCGAGUCAACUUGCGGAUGCGUUUCACCUGCACAGUCUUCCGAAAAGAUCGAAGCAAGGGCGCGGAGGCCGGUGCAGUUGAAGAAGGAGAGCAGUUCGAGGUCUUGAACGAAGUCGUCAUCGACCGAGGCCCUUCUCCCUACGUGUCCAACUUGGAACUGUAUGCAGAUGACGAGUUACUGACCGUCGUUCAAGCCGACGGAUGCAUCUUCUCGACCCCUACCGGCUCCACUGCCUACUCCUUGUCCGCUGGCGGCUCUCUUAUGCACCCUUCAAUUCCAGGCAUUCUCCUGACUCCGAUCUGUCCUCAUACCCUAUCCUUCCGCCCAAUGGUCCUCUCAGACUCUCACCUUCUCCGAAUUGCCGUGCCUAAUGCCUCACGGUCAACUGCCUAUUGCUCAUUUGACGGCAAGGGGCGUGUCGAACUCCGCCAAGGCGACUACGUCACCGUCGAAGCCAGCCAAUACCCAUUCCCAACUGUAGUCGCUGAUAGCGGCGAAUGGUUUACCAGUGUUCAACGUGCUCUGCGCUGGAAUACCCGCGGCGCAGUUCAGAAAAGCUGGGAUGCCGGUGCGGACGGUGAUCCCGAGCUCGAAGACGAGCAGUGGGAUAUCGACACCGAUACAGGAGUGAACGGCACAGACAGUGGCCUUGGUCCCAGUGAGGAUGGUGACUCGCUAUCGCCCAACCCAAUGCGGCGUCAAAUGAGUCUGCUCAAAAUGUGA